ACUGAUCUAAAAAGUCACAAAUUAAAAUUAAAAAUCCGAUUCAUCGUUUUCCACUACCGAUGAAACAAGCCAAUCCCAUCAUUCUUCGAUUGAGGAAGUGGAGUCAUCUCCAACACAACCCCACUCCCACUUUUUUCUCCGGCAGGUGUUGCAAAACGACAUGUCGUCCAACAAACCAGGAACGAUCGGAAUCAAAUCUCACUAUAAAAGGAAAUUUCCACGUUCUUCUUCGCCAUCAGAAUCUACCGGCUGUUUCCGCCGCCGUUGUUCUUCCGCCGCAGUCUCCGACUUUAAAAACCGCCCACGGAUUUCGAACCGCCGGAAUUCGGCCGCCAAUCAUGGGCUCCCUCGAUAGUUCCGAUUCCGGAAUUGUCACCGUCGACGUUAAAACCGCGGAUAAUCUGCUCCAUUCCGGCUACGCUUUUCUCGACGUCAGGACUGUUGAGGAGUUCAAGGAAGGGCAUGUGGCGACGGAGAGGAUUGUUAAUAUUCCGUACCUGUUAAAUUCUCCUAAUGGUAGGAUGAAAAAUGCUCAGUUUCUGGCGGAAGUAUCGGCGGUGUUUAAGAAAGACGACCGCCUCGUCGUGGGUUGUCGAAGCGGCGUAAGAUCUUUGCUCGCCAUUGAAGAACUCCAAAAUAAUGGUUACAAGCACUUGAAAGAUUUGGGUGGAGGGCAUCUAGCUUGGUUGGAGAAUGCAUUGCCCGUAGCUAACCCGAAUGAAAAGCUCACGAACGACCCAAAAGUAAUCAAGGAUUGUAAAAUUGACGAACUGUGAUCUACAAGUUUGUGAUUGUGUUUGAUGCAUAUUUGUGUUCACUAUUUGCAUCAAACCAUUGUCAAUGUAACAUCUUCCAUGAUUUGCAUCAAAUCAUUUUCAAUGUAACAUCUUUGUUGAAUGAAUUGUUUAUUGAAUAAACCUUUUUUCAUCUUUA